AUGGCCGAGCUGAAGUCGCUGGGCGGCGAGGCGUACCUGGCGCUGGCCCCGGGCUACGGCCCCUCGGCUUUCGCCUACGGGGCGGUGCGCGGCGGAGGAGGAGGCGGCGGCGAGGACCCGCGGGGGACUUACCCGGGGGGCGGCGGGGCGGACUUCCAUCCCGGGGCGCUGGGCAAGUCGGCGGAGAGCAGCGGCGAGCAGAGCGGCGAGGAAGAGGAGGGCUUCGAGGCCGGGGUGAAGGGCGGCGCGGCCUUCGAGCGGGAGGGCAAGCUGAAGGGGGCGGCCGUGGGGAAGAAGCCCAAGGAGCAGCGCUCGCUGCGCCUCAGCAUCAACGCGCGGGAGCGGCGGCGGAUGCACGACCUGAACGACGCCCUGGACGGGCUGCGGUCCGUCAUCCCUUACGCCCACAGCCCUUCGGUGCGGAAACUCUCCAAAAUCGCCACCUUGCUCCUGGCCAAGAACUACAUCCUCAUGCAGGCCCAGGCGCUGGAGGAGAUGCGGCGGCUGGUGGCCUACCUGAACCAGGGCCAGGCGCUGAGCGCCCCGCUGCCCGCCACCCUCAACCCCUUCGGACAGUCGCCCGUCUACCCCUUCGGCGGCACGGCCUUGCCCGGCUGCCCCGAGAAAUGCACUGCCUUCACAGGAGCCGCCUCCGCCCUCUGCAAACACUGUAAUGACAAGCCCUGAUUUGGGGCUGCUUCGGGCUUUUUUUGGGGUUUCAUUUAAUUUUUAUUUUUUUUUCUUUUCUGCGCACUUUUCUUUCCACUGCCAUCAGCCCUGGCUUCCUACCAUCAGUUAAGUCUGGGUUUUUCUUUUUUGUUUGCUUCUCUUAAAUACCCACCCCCUCCCCGUACCCCAUUUGGAAAUGUUUGGCAGUUUGAGAUGAACCCCCAAAACCACCCACUUUCAACUUUGUUUAGUUACCUCCCCCCCCCACCUCCACCCCCCAACUUCAUCUGUAGAGUUAUUUCCUUCCCAGCCUGUUAGUGGACCGUGAGCAUCACGCUGCUUUUCUGCUUGCUCUGAUCUACAAAGUUUCUGUGCAGUUCUUAAACUUAAGCUAUAGGACGAACAGGGAGGGAGAGAAGAUCUGGAAAGGGGAAACCUCAGUGAGUUUUCUUUGGCAUGGUCAAUCUAUGUUAAAAAUAGCUUAAAAAGAGGGGGGGAGGGAGAAGCAAAAUCCAGCUACAAAACUAUGCAACGUCUCAAUCACGGGGGGGUGUCCUGUGUAGCCAAGUAGGGGUUGGACCACAAAUCCAAAUGAAAAUGUCAUUCGGUCAGCUCCCGGGAGGGGGGAAGUUUGGUGCUCUUGAUAAAACAAUAGAUGCUUCAAAAUAAGAUGCUUUUUUAAAUUUUUUCCUUUUUUUUUGCGCUUAAAAAAAAAUUAACCCAUUCUUGAAGUGAGAGGAACCUGUGAUUGUAUGCUAAUGCUUGCUUUUUUGCCUGUUUCUCAGCUUGGUUAAGUUUCCCAGAUGAUUUUUCCAAACUCGUUGCUCAUCACGAUAAAGCCAAAAGGUCACUUAACAUAUUUAUAUGUAUUUAUAAUAAAUAAAAGACGUGAAUAACCGCUUUCUCUGUCCUGCAUGUCUCUAACACCAGCUGGCAGUCAAAGCAAACCCCCACUGAAGUCAGGUAAAGCGGGGCCAGAGGCGGCAGUCCUUGGCAGAAGAGCAGCGGUGUGAAGUUAGGGGAAUGAUUGGAAUACUUGGAAAAAAAAAAAAAGCUUGUGGACGUUCAGCUCAGGAUCAGCAGGGGUUUGGUUAUUUCUCCAGGCUCUCAUAAAUCGUCAGCACACACCCAAAAAAAAAAAAAAGAAAAUAUUGUUUAUG